AUGGUUGUUCUAAACGAAGGCAAAAGGUUUCCUAUGAUUCUUCCAGGAUUUACAUUCACCUUAACUGUCGGCAAAGCGAGCACAGAUCCUACGCUUUAUGGGAGAUCUGCAGGAUGGGCAUUCGGUCAUGCCCCCAUCUCGAUGGCGUUGGUUGCAGCCUGCACAAACAACCUGAUGCCCGCAUGGGAGGAAAACCACCGAAACCUCCUCUUCCAAGCACAUGGCACAUUCUUGCUCCCGCUGUACAGAAUCGAUCACAAAACCUGGACGGCCCAUGAAGUUUGUGAUGCUCAGAGGCUUGCUUCUGCUAGACAUUUCACCUAUCUGCUGUGUCAGAUUCUUGAUACUGGUCUGCAGCCAUUCCUGGUCGUUGCGCGCUUUCAGCAACAGAUGGCUAUACUUUGCUCUUCCUGA